GAGCUCAAGAAAUAUGGUGGCGUCUCCCAUAAUCCAAUGCUGUGUUGUCGGCAUUAUUUAGGGUACUGUUGAGCAUGGACAGUUAUUAACAAAUGAAUUUUCUUUAUUGUUUGCCAUCUUUCAGUGGUAUGUAGAUUUUUGACAGGGUCAUCUUGCAGCUGCCUGGAUUUUUGUAAAUUGGAGAGUGAAAGGAGAAUUAAAUGAAUCCCUCACGUGUAACAGCAUCUAUUAUUAUUCCUCAGAAUAUUUCCAAAUCCCCAGGCAGUGGCAUAAUGUCAGGUGUGACUGUUCCACUUAGUGUUAUAGAAGGAUCUGACCCAAAUACAAUGUCAGUUACUGGACAUGUUGUCACUCAUUCUAGUCCUGCAGUUGGGCCCAUGAGUGAUACCUCUCUCUCCAUUCAGGGGUCAGGCUUGCAUUCUAUGAAUCCAAAUUUAAGUACUUUGGUUAAAAAUCAACCUGAUAGUACUAUAAGCUCCACAGGUUCUGUCCCCAGCAGCACAGUUCCCCCUGCUGGUGGUGGCAGCCCUCAACCCACAGAAACCAUGGCAAACACCAAAGAGAAGACACCCAUGUGUCUAGUAAAUGAACUAGCACGUUUUAAUAAGGUUCAGCAUCAAUAUCGCCUCAUAGAUCAAUCUGGUCCUGCUCACAAAAAAAAUUUUACUGUUGUUUUGAAACUGGAUAAUGAAGAAUAUACUGCUAUGGGACCUAGCAUUAAGAAAGCACAACAUGCAGCAGCAUCUGUGGCACUAAAUAGAACUUCCCUUAAACAUCCUCUUCCAAAGAGUCAAAAAAUGAGUCAGGGGCCAAUGACUCCUACUGUGGAACUGAAUGCACUUGCCAUGAAAUGGGGAGAACCUGCAAUCUACCAACUGAUCGAUCCACCCCGUCCCGCAUUGAUGCCCAAUUUCAACUUCCGUGGGAUGUACAACCAACGUUAUCAUUGCCCAAAAAUUUCUCUAAUGUGCUAUGUCUGUCUGAAAGUAGGGAACAAGCAGUUUUUUGGGGAAGGGACCACAACUCAAGCAGCAAGGCAUGCAGCAGCUGAAAAAGCUUUGCAAGCAUUAAAAGAAAUUCCUUGUCAAGAACAUACAAAGAAACAUAUUGAGGUUUCUAAAACUGUAAAAGAAAUGCCAGAGCUUGAUCCAAAUGUAGAACUGAAAUCUCCAAUUAGUUUAGUUCAUGAAAUUGCCUUAAAAAGAGGCUUUUCUGUCAGUUUUGAAGUCAUUAGAGAAAGUGGCCCACCCCAUAUGCGUAUUUUUGUCACCCGCUGCUCUGUAGGGGAGCUGGUUACAGAAGGAGAGGGAAAUGGAAAAAAAAUAUCAAAGAGAAGAGCAGCAGAGAAGAUGCUUAUAGAGCUCAAGACAUUGCCAUCAUUACCUGUCAUGCAACAAAAAAUAAAGAAAAAGCCACUUGGUAAAAAAAAGGGACGCAAUUUAAUCAAGGAACAGAAGGCUGAUCCACAGUAUGGACAAGGAAUUAACCCUAUCAGUCGGCUUAUUCAGAUCCAGCAAGCGAAAAAAGAGCGAGAGCCCAUUUACACUGUUGUUGCUGAACGAGGAGAGCCUCGUCAGAGAGAAUUUGUUAUGCAGUGUGAGGUUGGAAAUUUUACUACAACAGGAACAGGACCUAAUAAAAAGACAGCCAAGAGGAAUGCUGCUGAUGCUAUGCUGCAGCUAAUGGGGUACUCUCGUCCCCAACCAGGAAAAUCAGCAAUCAAAGCUACUACCCCAAGAAUUGAGGAUGGACACGUGUAUUCAGGUCAGGAGGUAGAGAAAACAAGAAAAGUUAAAUUUCUAGAAUUUGAAGGUGAGUGUUUGAAGAUAGUGUAUCACUUUGGUUUUGGUUUUCUUAAG